AGACCUCAGGAUCAAAGACUCUCUGUCUGAAGCGUGUCUGAGUUGUUUUAUUGCCUCACAGCGACUUGUUGGUCUUGUCAGCACUACUGGACUUCUAAGCGGGUGUCAGGCACACUUUAGUGGCCCGUGACAGUGUUUUCCCACAGCUGGAGAGGAAGGAAGCUCGUGUGCCGUAAACCCGCCGUCUCCACUUUAAAGCCCGCGGCUCGCGCUCGUCUCUGAUUGGCUGGCAGUGUGAAAUAACUCUUACCUCAGCUAUAAGUAGAGCGAACCGCUCGACUUCACAUGACAAGGGGAGGAUUUUACACACUUUUAAAAAUUAAAUCAUCCCAAAAUGGCACCGGUCAGUCAAUACCGUGAGAGCAUAUCAUGUCCUGAGAACCACAAAUUUCGAACGAUUCUUGUGGAAAAAACACGGAGAGACAGAAUCAACCGCAGUAUCGAAAAUCUGAGAGAGUUAUUUAACAAAACUACACCAAUGUCCGAGCGGCAGUUUGUUAGACUUGACAAAGCCGAUAUUCUGGAGAUGACCGUUGAUUUUUUUAAAACAACGCGCCAAUUCCAGCUACGCGCGCGGAUUCUCGCAGUGCUUACAGGAGACGCUGCGUCACGUGUCUCUGCACGCACACCUGACGCCCGACGACAGAGAGGCGAUCAAACGAUUCUACGUGCUGCAAAGGACCAAUCAGAUGCACUUAAUGGCCUCCACGGCGCGUGGAUUGGUGCGCAGAUCACCAAAACGAUCAUCGUCAAGAGUGCCAUUAUGGAGACCGUGGAAGAACAAUUAAUUUAGAGACUAUCUGCUUGACAUAACGUUUGUUUAGGCGUAUUCACUUUGUUGCUUUUUAAUGUAACAUUUGCAUGUUCUUUUCGAUUUAAUCUAGUUAGAGAAUUGUCUACAGUGUAGGCUAUGGCAAGCAUAACUUAACGAGAAAAUCAUGUCAUUUGAGUUUUAGUCUCGAAUUUAACCAUGCCUUUUGUAAAGGCGUUUUUGUUAUUUAAUCCAACUUGUUUUAACAUGUUGUAA